UUUAUGGGACAGCUUGACACCGUCGCCGCUUUCCUUGUCUCUGGCACCCGCGGUACCUCCUGCAGAUAGAAGCAGCUCAGCUGAAGCUCCUCAGUUAUCCUCGUUUGUACAAAGGGUAAGAAAAAAAGAGCCGUUACAUCUCUCAAAUGAAGGUUGUGAUCUACCUUUCCUUGUUGCUGAUUGGAGUUCAGUUCCAUUGUUAUCACCUCAUAGGACCCCGAGAUGUCCAUGAUAAUAAUCCAACUAAAAGUCUACCUGAUCAUUCGCAUCCCACUUCAGAAAUUAAAUGUUAUUAUGAAAGGGAAGCCUUGCACAAGAUAGCACCUUUUAAUACUGACUUUGCAUUUAGAGUCUACAAGCACAUGGCUUCCAAUCAGGCUAACCAAAACAUUUUAUUCUCUCCCACAAGCAUCUCCAUGGCCUUUGCCCUGUUGUCCCUAGGUGCCACACCUGAAACCCGGAGGCAGAUUUAUGAAGGACUUAGUUUUAACCUUUCAGAGAUUGAAGAGAAAACAAUACAUAGGGGAUUUUGCCGACUUAUCCACCUAUUUAACCAACCGGAAAAGCACACGACGAUGAAAGUAGGCAACGCUUUGUUCUUUGACAAGUCAUCAGAAGUUCUGCCUAAAUUUUUGGAUGAUGCUGAAACCUUCUAUGAUGCUGACAUCUUUUACACAAACUUCCUGAAUUCUACAGCAGCUAAACAGCAGAUAAAUGAUGAUGUGAUGAACAAAACUGAUGGGAAAAUAGUUGAUAUAGUCAGGGACCUCUGUGAACACACAGCCAUGACCCUUGUGAAUUAUGCUUAUUUCGAAGAUUACUGGAAAAACAGCUUCCAAGAUCAAUUAACUGUUGAAAAGGACUUUUUUGCACAUCAAAACAACACAGUUAGAUUAAAUUUUAUGUAUCAAAAGAGCAAGUUCAAAAUCCUCUAUGAUGAAGAUAUGUCUUGCUCGGUUGUGGUAAUACCUUGUAUAGGAAAUACUGAAGCCUGGUUCAUUCUUCCUGAUAAAGGGAAACUAAAAGAUGUAGAGCGCUCUUGGGGAAAAGAAAACCUUGAUAGAUGGAGAACAUCUUUUCAGUACAAAGAAAUAGAACUAUGGAUGCCAAAAUUUUCCAUUUCUACAUCCUAUGAUCUCGAAGAUGUGCUUCACGGGCUGGGCGUAACCAACAUAUUUGAUAGUUAUGCUGGUCUAUCCGGGAUCAUUGAAAAACACAAUCUGAGAGUUAAUAAGGCUGUUCACGGAGUACAGCUGGUUGUUCAAGAGGAUCGUACUCAGUCGAGUUCACGAUCAUCCACUGAGACAGUGCAAUUGAUUGAGAGUCAUAUUCAACUAUCUCAACCUUCUUCUCGGAUCUCAUUCGAUCAACCAUUCCUGAUAGUUCUCAUUAACCGAUCAACAGUCGUCUUCAUGGGAAAAAUUGAGAACCUAGUGUCGGACCUUCAAAUUGCCAAAGUCCAUACCUGGAGCCAGCGGACACUGCAGCUUCGCUUGGCUGCGGCUGCGCUGGCUUUUGAUGUACUUGAAGAACUGAUUUUCAUGAAAUGGAUUGCAUCUAUCAAAACGGAUAAAAUACGUUUGUAUAUUCCAAAAUUUUCCAUUUCUGGAACCUAUGAUGUCAAAGAUUUAAUGCAGAGACUGGGUGUGAAGGAUGUCUUUAGUGAUGAUGCUGAUCUAUCUGGGAUUACUGGAGAACCCAACGUGAAGGUUUCCAAAGCUGUUCACAAGGCCGUGUUGGAUGUUCACGAGGGAGGCACCGAGGCAGCAGCAGUCCCAGUUAUAGAGUCUGAAUUAGAUUCUGAUCAAGUCCCUCCUACUCCCACCUUCAAAUUUGAUAGACCAUUCUUAGUAGCAAUUGGUAAUAAGCCACUAAAGCACUUUACCUUCAUGGCAAGAGUUAUUGAUCCAACUGCCAAAUAA